AUUCGGAUGACACCAGCAUGGAUGCAGAAGCUGAGAAUCCGCCUCUAGGCUGCAGGGAUGGCAGCGAUCCUCUUUCUGCUGAGAAACCUUUGGAGACUGAUGAUCCUCAAAGUGAUCCACCUGCACAGGCUUCUGUCAGCAAUGGCGGCGAUUCUGAGAUUGGGAAAGAGCUGGUUGCUAAAGUUAUCUGGAACAAAAAUAAGUAUGACUUGAAGUUCCCUGAUAACACAGGGGCUGACCUGAAGCAGAAAAUCCACUCACUUACAGGCCUUCCACCUGCAAUGCAGAAGGUCAUGUUCAAAGGACUUCUACCAGAGGAUAAAACUUUACGGGAAAUCAAAGUGAUCAAUGGAGCAAAAAUAAUGGUGGUUGGCUCAACUAUCAAUGAUGUCUUGGCAGUUAACACACCGAAAGAUGCUGCUCAGCAGGAAGUGAAAUCAGAAGAGACCAAAAAGGAGCCCCUUUGCAGACAAAAGCAACACAGGAAAGUGUUAGAUAAAGGAAAACCUGAAGAUGUGAUGCCUUCUGUCAAGGGUGCCCAGGAGCGCCUGCCAACUGUUCCUUUAUCGGGCAUGUACAACAAGUCGGGUGGGAAAGUGCGGCUCACCUUUAAACUCGAACAAGAUCAGCUCUGGAUUGGCACUAAAGAAAGAACAGAAAAGUUGCCCAUGGGGUCUAUCAAGAAUGUGGUGAGUGAACCUAUCGAAGGACAUGAGGAUUAUCACAUGAUGGCCUUCCAGCUGGGUCCUACUGAAGCCUCUUACUACUGGGUCUAUUGGGUGCCUACUCAAUACGUCGAUGCCAUCAAGGACACAGUGCUGGGGAAGUGGCAGUAUUUUUGAAGGCACGCUCACCUCUGGCACUGGAGACUGACAUGAACCUAAGGACACUGCUAGGAGAGGCCUGGACAUGGGUCGUCCUGGAACUUCUUAUCGAUACGAUCUCAAAGAGGCCUGGGAGGACGCCAGAGGUGGGGAUCUCUCGCCAUUAGUUUAUUUUUAACUUAAAAAGUGCAGCAGCAGCCUUUGUUCGGCAGCCCAGCUUCAACCAUAUUUAAAAACAAAAAGCAAAUAUGAUGGAAAUCAAUAAAUCUUAAUUCACAAAC